CAGAUUCCUCCAAUAGAAGGACCUUCUGAGAACCUCAAGAAUUAUGUCAAGACGUUGACUAAGAAGAUUAAUUGUACCUAAGACCUCAAUUUUAUUGGUUGAUGCGAAGUAUGCACAAAUUAAGACAGAGUUUUCCUUACUUAAUCAUAAACUCUUAGUCAAACACCUCAAACAAGAGCAUGCUCUGUGGCUGCAAAGCAGCCACAGAGACCUGUUCUCGGUUUCACUUCUGAGAGUGACUAAGAAAGUUGAGAAGAAGUAUAUUAAAGACCGAUUUGAUUAUUAUUGUUACAAUAGUGUGAGGGGCAAUGAGCAGGAUUCAAGCAUGGAUUUCAGACAACUAUAUUGGAUCAAAAAGUGUCUUAUCGAGAGUGGUAUACAAGAAGCACAAAAGAUAAAAGUAGCAUUUUUGGACACCCAAAAGCAGUGAUAUGAGACACGGCUGAUCACUAGAAUCUAUGAAAGAAUCAAGCUUAGCAGGAAGAUAAAGCUAGAGUCUGCUUUUAAUGCCUGGAAGAGUCAGAAUAAUCAUUAUUUGAAGAUUGAUUGUGGUUUAAGGAUUAUUGGGAAAAUAUUUAAGUAUAAAGAAAAUCUUAACCAAGAAUUCCAGAUACUGAAGAGAAAUGCAAAAAUUUUAGAUCCAGAAAGAGAAAAUAUUAUCCUUGAGCACAUCGCUCAAAAGCAGAAGUCUAGAAUUUUUAGUACGAUGAAAUAUUAUUUGAGAUCAACAUCUUUUACUAAACUUUUGUUGAGACUAAGGACCUUCCAUUCUCUCAAGGAAAACUACUUAUUAUCCAAAUCUUUUGAGUCUCAGGAUGUCUAUCUUGCAAGUACAAAGAAAGCUUGUCAGAUUGCUUUUAAGCACUUGUUGCUAGCACAUCUUCAUACCAAUACUCUCAAAUCAUUGACUAUCUCUACUCGGAAGGAAUUACCCAAAGAAUUGCUUGCAGCCAAGAUUGAAGAACUAAAUACCAAGAUUAUGAAAAGGAGCUUAAGAAAUAUCUUGGCUGUAGAGCAACCAAGUGAGGAGAACUCAGAAAAUACCUCAGUAGUCUUAACUUCACUGGUCCCUAAAACCCUUAGGUUUUACUUUCACAAGUGGCGGUCAACUUUCACUGUGGAUUCCUACAGGAAUCCACAGAUGAGACACCUACUGAAAAAUAUGAAACGAAAGGGGUUUUCAAGAUUUAUAGUAAUGGUACAGCUAAGAGAAUAUUCUCUUCUCUGAACGACUCAUAAGGAGCUUCUUAGCACUCACAAAGUGUGUGCUAGAGCCCUCGAGAUUUCUAGAUGAGAGGUAAGCUCGAUCAAAGCAGAUCUUAGAGUUGAAGGAGCUAAGAAGCUUGUCAAGCUGGCAAGCUUUAAACAGAACAAGAAGCUUCUCCUGGUGCUAAAGAAGUGGAAGCGGUUUACACCAACAAGGUCUUUGAUGAUGAAGCUGCUUCUUAAAGCUGUGAAGAAUGCUGAGCGGAGCCUUAAGAAAGAAGCUUUAAGAAGAUGGCUCUGGAAAAAGAAAAGGGUAUCGUUGUUGAGAAUUAGAAGAUGGUACAGAAACCGAGUUAUGAGGCAAUGCCUUCGAAAUUGGAGAGAAGUAAUUACAAGGGGUAAAGAUCAAACUAAGAAACUGAUGGUUCUGAAAAUAUUGCAAAGGAAAAGAACUUGGAUUUUGAAAUCUCAGUUUCAAAAAUGGAAAAGAAGCUAUUGCCUAUCAAAAACCUUAACUAAUGAUUGUAAAUAUGAGACUUUGAAGGUGGAAAACCAAUCCUUGAGUGAAGUCCACCAGUGUAAAGGAAAAGUAUUUUGAGAGUUAUAUGAAGAGAGACAGAAGAUAUGUGAAAAUAUUGAUUCUAUAAUGGUCAGAAAAGCAUCAAUGCUUGUGCAAAGCUUAAGAAAUUCAACUUUGAGACCAGCAUUUGAGAGAAUCAGGAAUGCAUCUCUGUAUCGAACACAUUAUUGGAUUGAAGAUCAUCAAUACAAGAAGCAGAUAAUCAAAAAAUUUAAGAAGUUAUUAGGGAAUAAGGUCCUCCAGAAAAUCAGAAAACCUUUUUAUGUUUGGAAGCAAUGCACUCAAAUAAAUAAAAUUCAAAAACCUUUAAAACAUUAGGAACUAUACCUCUACAACCACUCUAAGAGUACAGAAUCGUAUUCCCUACUCUCAAAAUAUGUCCAAAACCCCAUAUCUCCCCUCCAAAAUUCGAAAAAUGCCCUAAACUCCAAAAACACCCCAUACCCCAUCAUUCACCUUCCAAACCCUCAAAACCCCCUAUCUCCUCUAUUCUCCCUAAAAAUAACAACUCCAGGCUUCCUUACCCCAAAACCCCCACGAGCCCUCCAAAAAUCCGCUUGAAAAGCCCUCUGCAAAACCCUCACUGCCCACCUACUCAAACCGGCCUUCUCCAAAAUCCUUUCUGACUCAAAAGACGAAUUACAGGUCUCCCAGGCUGAAAGGUGCCUGGAAUCCCUUGUCAAGAACACUCAGCGCCACUCUCUUCGCUCAGCCUUCAACUCGAUCAGAGCGUCAGCUCUGAUCCAAG